AUGGAGUAUCUACGUUCAACACGAGGAGAACACGGCAGACUGGUGGUUUCAGUCGACAUGAUGAAUAUGAAGAAUGAUUUCUACACAUAUCUCGACCACAAGCUGAACACGACGGUCCUUCAGCUCCCCUUCAAAAGCUCCUACUCCAUGCUGCUGAUGUUGCCUGACGCCAUGGCAACACUGGAGAACGCCAUUUCCCCGAAUCACAUCACCAAAUGGUUGAAGGCUAUGGUGAGACCCAGGAAACAUUAUGUAUAUAUUCCAAAGUUCUCCAUCAAGACUUCCUACAAACUGAAUGAUGUGCUGUCAGAAAUGGGAAUGACCGACAUGUUUGGUGAUCGUGCAAAUUUGAGAGGCAUUUCAGAGGAGCAAGGACUGAAAGUCUCAAAAGUUGUGCACAAAGCUACGCUGGACGUGGACGAGACCGGAGCCGAAGCUUCAGCUGCCACAGGCAUCCUCAUCAUGGCGGGGUCUGCCGGGUUCCCGGCCCCUGUCCCUGUGUUGAAGUUCAAUCGUCCGUUCAUGGUCAUCAUCACUGAACGCAACACGGAGAAAAUCCUCUUCUUGGGGAAAAUUAUCAACCCAACCACCUGA